GUGAUGCGCGUUUAGACGUCCGAUGAAAAUGGAGUCCGCCGUGGACUCAGCGUCGACCGCGAGUGAGGUGAGCGGCUCCUCCGGGGGCUCGCCGAGAGUGAAGGGCGCUUCGCCCCCGCGCGGCCACAGCCCGCCGCAGCUGAUGGCGCCGCGGCUGCCGCUGCCGCCGCCGGGCCUGGGGCUGCUGGGCUCGCUCCAGAUGAUGCACCACUCGCCGCUGGAGCUGAUGGCGGCCGCGCACCACCACGGGCCGCCGCGCUACGGCAGUCCGCCGCCCAUCUCCACCUCCGACCCCUCGGCCAACGAGUGCAAGCUGGUCGACUACCGGGGCCAGAAGGUCGCCGCCUUCAUCAUCCAGGGCGACACCAUGCUGUGCCUGCCGCAGGCCUUCGAACUGUUCCUCAAGCACCUGGUGGGCGGGCUGCACACAGUGUAUACCAAGCUCAAAAGACUGGACAUAGUGCCGCUGGUGUGUAACGUGGAGCAGGUCAGGAUCCUGCGGGGCCUGGGAGCCAUCCAGCCCGGAGUCAACCGCUGCAAGCUGCUCUCCUGCAAGGACUUCGACGUGCUCUACCGUGACUGCACCACCGCAAGAUGCCUGUCAAUGAAAGCGCCCGACAGGUACUUCUCUAACUCCAGACCGGGUCGACCACCGAAGCGAGCCUCCGGAGUGGGACUCUCUUUAGCUGCCUCACCCUUCCCGGGACAUCCAUUCAAGAAGCAUCGACUUGAGAAUGGCGACUACUCUCCAUAUGAAAACGGCCACAUGAGUGAAAUGGCCCGAAUGGAAAAGUCUCCAUUGCUUGCGAAUGGGUAUAACGCGCCCCCCACACACCUGGGGCCUAUGGGCUUCAUGCACCAGCACGCUCUUAUGUCUCCGGGGAUGCCGCAUCAUGGCGUGCCCAGGCCUGACGGCUCCAUCAUCAAGGGCCAACCGAUGCACAACAUGGAGGCCCUGGCAAGAUCUGGCAUUUGGGAGAACUGUAGAGCGGCUUAUGAAGACAUCGUGAAACAUCUUGAAAGGUUACGCGAUGAACGAGGUGACAUCGAACGCGUUAUAGCAAUGGACAAAGCUCGUGAAGAUUCUCACAAUGGUUCUUCGCCAGGACAUAGCCCCGUGCUGAACCUCUCAAAAUCUGGUUCCGGAGACCGUGAGCGUUCAGGACGAGAUCGUGAACACGGCGACAGAGGCGAGGGCUCCGCAAGUGGCAGAAGCUCUGCAGCAUCACAUCGAACUCCUCAACCACCUCGGCUUCCGUCCGCGGCGACUGCGGCGUCACCCCGGUCCCACACGGAUGAGAGUGACGCUGCCCUCUCAGAUCAAGACGACCAUGUAAAAGAUGAAGAUGAGGGAGCAGAUCUAAGUGACGGCGAGCGGGACCUUCCACAGUCUUCAUCACCGGCGGCUGUCAACUACCCUCCCCCCUCCAGUUCGCCCACCUCUGUCCCCGUGGACCCCACGGCUGACACGUUGGUUUCUUCCACGGAAACUCUGCUGAGGAAUAUCCAGGGUCUUCUCAAAGUGGCAGCAGACAAUGCACGCCAGCAAGAGAGACAAAUUAGCUAUGAAAAGGCUGAAUUGAAGAUGGAUGUUUUGAGGGAACGCGAGGGAAAAGACAGCUUAGAGCGACAGUUACUUGACGAACAGAAAAUGCGAGUGAUAUACCAGAAGCGGUUGAAGAAAGAGAGAAAACAGCGGCAGCAUAUACAAGAACAAUUAGAAUUAGAACUGAAGAGGCGGCAAAAGAUCGAAGAGGCACUCAAGCAAUCCGGCGCACCCGCUGAAAUACUUAGAAUAGUAACUGAAAAUCUAAUACCACCGUCACAAGAGAACCGGCCCGAGCGAGAAAACGGCAUGGAAAGUAAACCGCCGAGCACCGAACCCCCGAGCACAUCCCCACCCUUCCAGCGGGAGCGCCCCCGCACUCCAGACAAGCCACAGUGGAACUAUCCACCCCCACCAGUGGACAUUAUGAGUGGAGGUGCAGCCUUCUGGCAAAAUUACUCCGAUUUUGUCAACAGAGUCUUUGGCGCAAGAAUUGGAAAUGGAGAGGAAAUCUCGUCAGCAGGCUAUGGAGCGAGACGUGAAGAGUCCAUUGUCUGACCGGGCUGGCUACUACAAGAACUCAGUACUGUUUAGCUCGGCCACUUAGCUAUCAACCCCCGGGGUCAUGGAACACCCCGACAACCAGCAAUGCGAUAAAGAAAGCGACGAUAUGAGGAAACCAAUCAUUAGCGUAAAACCAGAGUUUAGAGAAAAGUAAAUCCAAAGAUUGUAUUGGUUAAUGUAUCGGUUGUAUUAUUAAUUCAUUCGCAAACAACCGCAAGUUUGUGUAUAUUUAAAAUUCAACAUAAAAAUUCGGUAUUCAUAACAAGAUCUCGCCAAAGUUAUACUUUGGCUGUGGUCAAUGUAAAUAAACUGUUAUUAUUAUUGUCUUAAGAGCGUAGGUUUGUUCCGUAAGUUGACCUACGAUAACUUUUCUUCCAUAGUGAAAUUUGUAUAUAUUUCUUGUAUUUUAUCUAGCUUUAAGGUUUUCUCGACGAUUCACGUAAUUUAUUCGAAAACAUUUAAUAUUAAAACAUGUACCUUAUAUCUCGAUUGAUAAAUGCCAUAUUUACUUAUUAAGUGUUCGUUGUAUUAUUCUUUUUUUUUAUCUUAAUUCAACAUGAUCAAUUUUUAAUGCUAAGAGUAAGAAACAGAACAACUUGGAAUUGAAGGAAGACUGUAUUUUAAUAAAUUAAAAACUUUUCUGUGCCCUCAUAUACAAUAUAACUGUGGAACAAUGUAUAACAAUAUAAUGUAGCUGUAUUAAGAGACAUUAAUUAAAGUAAAAUCAUGGUUAUGAUUAGAAUAUAAUUUUACUGUUAUUUUCUUAAGAUCGUCCUUAUUAUUAUUAUUAUUUGGAUGGUAACUCUAUAGGUACAAAAUAAUUACGUGGUCAAAUUUCUUUUAAGCUUACGGUUUUUUUAUAAAAUAUAUUUCAGUAUUCAAUGAUUUAAAUACAUUAAUUACUCUCAAAAUCAAUUGGGUGUCAUUUGAUUAUAAACUUCAGGGAAUAUCUUUUACCCCCUUAUUCAUAAUAGUCUGCUAACUUAAAGCAUUGCUAAUUCUCACUUCUUCUAUUAACCUAUGUCAGAAUGAGAAAAAACACUCCUUAGCGGCUGUUUUAAGUUACCGGACCAUUAUGAAUGAGGGGGUUAAAAUAUUGUGAUCUUUAAUGAUGUUUUUUUAAACAGUCUUGUGCAAUGGUUAGAUGUAAUUGAUACUAGAGUAUCCCUUAAAUUAUAGAACUUAAAAGUAAGUUAGUGAUCGCAAAUAACAAACUCAUUUACGCAAUAUAGUGUGACUGAACGGGAAAAUUGUUAGAGCGAACAGUGAUUUAAUAUUCGCUUGUAGACAUUGUAAAGUUUAAGGUGAAACUGCCGAAAUAUUACGACUUUUGACUAACCAAACAUAAAGAUAUUAAAGUAAUGAAUGUUUUAACAGAUACUAAACACCAAUCUAUAUAUUUUAAAUGAAAGAGACAAUUUACUGAAAAUAGGAAGGCUCAGGACUUUUGUAGCUAUACAUUAUAGUAUAUACGCAGUGAAAAUCAUUUAUAAACAUAGCAAUGUUAAUAAAUUUGAUUAUAUCUUUAACAUUUUGAGCGAUGCUGUCAAAAGUCGUAACAUACAGAGCGCGUUCACUUAGCACCCCAUAUCUUAACGUGGUUAGAAGUAUAAGUAUUGUAGGUUAAAGUUUAUAGAUAAAAUUGAUAGUUUUAUUAAUCAGUACGAUUACGAAUCCUUUCUAAGUCUAAAUUGGCGUUUGGCUAUUGUAAAUAUCAUCACCGAAAGUGUUACAAUUAAUUAACGCGUAUUAUUUUCAAAUACUCUCGAAAUAGUCCAGCGCCGAUAGAAGCUGGGAAGUAUAACUUAAUCUGUAACGGAUAAAUGCGAAGUAAUUAUUAAAUUAGUUGUUAUAAUAAAUGUUUAGACGAAUGACUGUGUGGUGUACAGCGUAUGAAUGUGGUUUUCAAACUCCAUAUCAGUUUUCUAUCACAAUUAAAAUGUAAGGUGUUCAUCGGAAUUUAUUUCUUUGGGCAUACACGAUUUCUAGAUUGUCAAUUAGUUGAGGCUUGUAUUUACGGUUUGUCAUGUUUAUGUAACGACGCGAGCAUUAUUAUUUAUUUAUAUUUUAAUUAUGAUUAAUUUACUUUUAAAAUUGUGUGUGUGCCUUGUAUUGUAGAGGAAAAUAUCAAGAUUAAAAUGUAAAAUUAUCA